AUCUCCCAGGAGGCAUUGCGGCGAGCUGCUCUGCGUCCCGCCUCGUUCCCGCCGGUGUCCGGCCGGCUGGCCUUAAAGGGGACGCGGUCAGAGUGGCAGCUGGCGGGGUGGCCCCCGCUCCGGCUCCGCCCUAUUCACGCACCUCGCCCCUCCCCAUGCUUCGUCCUGCAGCUGCGGGGCCGCGCCGCAGAGUCGGGCUCUCUGGAUACAUAGAGGCUUGUGCCAGGCGGGGUGGGAAGACUGGAUUUUGCAGUGGAAGCAGCAUCUCUUCCGUCUGGGACCUGGCUGAGGGCGUCUCCACCCUGGGGGGAGCAGAGGACCAGCCCUGACCUAGCCGGGCCCAGCUUCGUUCUGCCCGGCCUGAGCGCCCCGCCCAGCAGCCGGCUCUGGCCCACCGGGGUCCGGGAGCGCGGGCGCCAUGGACAAGAUCUUGGAGGCGGUGGUGACGUCGUCAUACCCGGUCAGCGUGAAGCAGGGGCUGGUUCGGCGGGUACUGGAGGCGGCGCGGCAGCCGCUGGAGCGUGAGCAGUGCCUGGCGCUGCUGGCGCUGGGCGCGCGCCUCUACGUGGGCGGCGCGGAGGAGCUGCCGCGCCGCGUGGGCUGCCAGCUGCUGCACGUGGCCGGCCGCCACCACCCCGACGUCUUCGCCGAGUUCUUCAGCGCGCGCCGCGUGCUGCGCCUGCUGCAGGGUGGCGCCGGCCCCCCGGGCCCCCGCGCGCUUGCCUGCGUGCAGCUGGGUCUGCAGCUGCUGCCCGAGGGGCCUGCGGCCGACGAGGUGUUCGCGCUGCUGCGGCGCGAGGUGCUGCGCACGGUGUGCGAGCGCCCGGGGCCCGCGGCCUGCGCGCAGGUGGCACGGCUGCUGGCUCGCCACCCGCGCUGUGUGCCCGACGGACCCCACCGCCUGCUCUUCUGCCAGCAGCUGGUGCGUUGCCUCGGCCGCUUCCGCUGCCCAGCCGAAGGCGAGGAGGGCGCCGUGGAGUUCCUGGAGCAGGCCCAGCAGGUGAGCGGGCUCCUGGCACAGCUGUGGCGCGCACAGCCCGCCGCCAUCCUGCCCUGCCUCAAAGAGCUGUUCGCAGUCAUUUCCUGCACAGAGGAGGAGCCACCAUCUAGCGCCCUGGCCAGCGUGGUCCAGCACCUCCCAUUGGAGCUCAUGGAUGGUGUUGUACGGAACCUCAGCAAUGAUGACAGUGUGACAGACUCGCAGAUGCUGACUGCCAUUAGCAGGAUGAUUGACUGGGUGUCCUGGCCCCUGGGGAAGAACAUUGACAAGUGGAUCAUUGCACUGCUGAAGGGCCUGGCCGCUGUUAAGAAGUUCAGCAUCUUGAUCGAGGUUUCGCUCACCAAAAUUGAGAAGGUUUUCUCUAAGCUGCUGUACCCCAUCGUCCGGGGAGCUGCCUUGUCUGUGCUCAAGUACAUGCUCCUGACCUUCCAGCACUCCCACGAAGCCUUCCACCUGCUCCUCCCUCACAUCCCCCGCAUGGUGGCUUCUCUGGUCAAGGAGGACUCGAACUCGGGGACCAGCUGCCUGGAGCAGCUGGCGGAGCUGGUCCACUGCAUGGUGUUCCGGUUCCCGGGCUUCCCGGAUCUGUAUGAGCCUGUCAUGGAGGCCAUCAAGGACCUCCACGUUCCUAAUGAGGACCGCAUCAAGCAGCUGCUGGGGCAGGAUGCCUGGACUUCGCAGAAGAGCGAGCUGGCGGGUUUCUAUCCCCGGCUCAUGGCCAAGUCAGACACGGGCAAGAUUGGUCUCAUCAACUUGGGCAACACAUGCUAUGUCAACAGCAUCCUUCAGGCCUUAUUCAUGGCGUCUGACUUCAGACACUGUGUGCUCCGCUUGACUGAGAACAACUCACAGCCCUUGAUGACCAAGCUGCAGUGGCUCUUUGGCUUCCUAGAACACAGCCAGCGGCCUGCCAUUUCCCCGGAGAACUUCCUGUCCGCAUCCUGGACGCCCUGGUUCAGCCCUGGCACCCAGCAGGACUGCUCGGAGUAUCUGAAGUACCUGCUGGAUCGGCUGCACGAAGAGGAGAAAACGGGCACAAGGAUCUGCCAGAAACUCAAGCAGUCCAGCUCGCCCUCUCCGCCCGAGGAGCCCCCGGCCCCAAGUUCAACCUCUGUGGAAAAAAUGUUUGGAGGCAAGAUAGUGACUCGGAUCUGCUGUCUCUGUUGCCUCAACGUCUCCUCCCGGGAGGAGGCCUUCACGGACCUCUCUCUUGCCUUUCCUCCUCCUGAGCGCUGUCGCCGCCGCCGCCUGGGCUCUGUGAUGCGCCCUACAGAAGACAUCACAGCCCGGGAGUUGCCCCCAUCAACCAGUGCACAGGGGCCAGGCAGGGUGGGUCCUCGGAGGCAAAGGAAACACUGCAUCACAGGGGACACCGCCCCCACCAGCUUGUACAUUGAAGGCCUGGACUCCAAGGAAGCCGGUGGGCAGAGCAGUCAGGAGGAAAAAGUAGAGAGGGAGGAAGAAGGGAAGGAGGAGAGAACGGAGAAGGAAGAAGGAGGGGAGGAGGAGGAAAGCACCGGAGGGGAAGAAGAGAGGGAGAAAGAGGAGGAGGUGGAAGAGGAAGAAGAGAAGGUGGAGAAGGAGACAGAAAAGGAGGCUGAGCAGGAAAAGGAAGAAGACAGCCUGGGAGCGGGGACCCAUCUGGAUGCUGCCAUCCCCUCCGGGGAGCAGACAUGCGGCUCUGAGGGCUCCCGCUCCGUCUUGGACCUGGUCAACUACUUCCUGUCCCCCGAGAAGCUGACAGCAGAAAACCGCUACUACUGCGAGUCGUGUGCCUCCCUGCAGGAUGCCGAGAAGGUAGUGGAGCUGAGCCAAGGGCCACGCUACCUGAUCCUCACACUGCUGCGCUUCUCCUUCGACCUGCGCACCAUGCGGCGCCGCAAGAUCCUGGAUGACGUCUCCAUCCCCCUGCUGCUCCGCCUGCCACUGGCUGGUGGCCGUGGCCAGGCCUAUGACCUCUGCAGUGUCGUGGUGCACUCUGGAGUGUCUUCGGAGAGUGGUCACUACUACUGCUAUGCCCGUGAGGGCGCUGCCCGCCCUGCCCCUUCUCUGGGAACUGCUGAUAGGCCAGAGCCCGAGAACCAGUGGUACCUGUUCAAUGACACUCGGGUGUCCUUCUCUUCCUUUGAAUCUGUCAGCAACGUCACCUCCUUCUUCCCCAAGGACACAGCCUAUGUGCUGUUUUACCGGCAGCGGCCCAGGGAGGGGCCUGAGGCUGAGUCGGGCUCUUCUAGAGUCCGGACAGAGCCCACCCUGCACAAGGACUUGAUGGAAGCCAUUUCCAAAGACAACAUCCUUUACCUACAGGAGCAGGAGAAGGAGGCCCGGAGCAGGGUGGCCUACAUCUCUGCACUCCCCACAUCUCCACAUUGGGGGAGGGGCUUUGAUGAGGACAAGGAUGAGGAUGAAGGCUCUCCAGGGGGCUGCAAUCCUGCAGGUGGCAAUGGUGGUGAUUUCCACAGACUGGUCUUCUAAUGUGAACCUGCUGCCAACCUGACCCCUUCCCUCCAGGAGCCAGGUAGGGCCUGAGGGAAGCUGGAGGCAGGCCCUACCAAGAGCAAGGAUGGUACAGCUCAUGGCACCUUAGUCCUCAGCCUCAUGAAGGGUACACAGAGACUCUCUCAGAUAUGGCAGUGAGACCUAAGUCCCUUUCAUUGGGGAUCAGUCCAGUCCCAUUAAAAUUUUACACCCAAGUGUCCUGGUUAACUUGAAGCAGCUGAGAUGGGCACACACGGGUCUUUGCCUCCCCCUGCCCCCCCACCCUCGGGAGGCUCCCCAUGCUGGAAGAUGUGAACAUGUGAUGAUGUUCAGGAAACAGAGCUGGACCUCAGCUCUAAUGUUUUAACAUCAAGUACUAUUUUCCUUCCGACUGCUCUACAGUAUAAAGCACAGCAGGAUCCAAGCCUUGUACAAAGAAGGGGGCAGUGUCACCUCUGGCUGUCCUCUUGUUUCUCACAUGGGGGGUACCUGCACUGUCUGUAGCUUUCUGAGAAGAUGAGAAGAACAGAGACCUGCCCCUUACCAAGCACCACUGCAUGGUGGGGGGCUAGCUCCUCACAGCAGGCGGCCUUUGCCCCCACAGCCCCUCCACCCCAGCCUGCCUCAGUGCCUGAGAAGCCACCACUUACUUGCAUCCCCCUUCUGGUUAGAGUCCUGAUUUUACUGCAGAGGUGUUCCGUGUGAAGUGUGGUCUCUUAGGAAGCUAGUGGGCUCCUCUGAUCAGGUGGCCUUUGUAGCUGCGACAGCAGCCACCUGCAGGUUGGAUGAAGUGCCCUGACACUGCUGUAGCCCCUUCUAACUGAAGAGAAGACACCCAUGUUCUUAAAUAAACAAAAGUAGGUUCUCUGAA